AUGCCUUUUUUCAUCUCCUCGAGGUUUUCCCCCGUGCCUUGCUUUGCUGCUUACGCCUCUCAGCGGUUUCAUUGCCGGCCGCUCUGGGUCUUCACAGGCCGUCAUACCGAUCCUCGUAUUGUGCCCACGACUGCCACGCCGUACUGGUCUGAGUUGAUUGCAAAACUGAUCAAGCGCUCCCGUGCCACGCCACGGUUUCGACACAUAUGUUGCGCUGGCCGCGAGGCUGAACCCGAAUCCGAGAAUUGUCUCUUUUUCGCCAUUGGACCUGCAUCAAUAGCGCUCCCCAUGGACGAGCGAAGCAAAUGGACCUCGAAUCUUGCUGCGCUUUCAUAG